CUGAUCAAAUUUUCAUGCUUUAAAUGGGGUUGGUUCUCUUUUAACAUUUGAUAUGUGCUUUUGUAUAUUUUGUCAAAAUGGACGACAAUUUGGGUUCUUGUUUCUUUUUAAAAUUAAAAGAAAAUCUAGUACCAAUAAUGUAUUGUCACUGGAGUCCAUUUACUAUAUAUUUAUGAACAGCAUUGACAUUUUGAGCAAAAACCUAUCCGCUUUAUUUAUCUUUGAAAGGAUUUUCGGAUCUCCCGAUUGAUUUAAUUUAUCAUAAAACAGUUAAUAUCUAGGAAGUAAAAUGCGUUCGAAAUAUUUUAUGGAUCAGCUGAUGGAUCUGAACAAACGGUCUCUGUCUUUGUACGAACAGUUUGUUCGAUCGAUUAUCCGCUGGUUCAUCUCUGGAACUGAAGAAUGGAACUGGAGAGGGAGAUCAACUCUGGGCUGGAGAGCGAAGCGACCAUGAGGCAGGCGGUGAUCAACAUUUCGGUCCUUAAGUUUCUGGAGCUCGUCGGAAGCGCGGACCCGCCUCUGAGGAAACAGCUUUUCGUGACCAAUUUGCUCGCCAGUGCCAAAGUUUCGAUGGAGUCCAUCCUCCCGUCGAAUGACAAUCGCACCAUACGCUACCCUCUGGUGUCCUUAGCUACUGAAGCAGGAGGUGAUUUUUCGAGACGGAGAAUUUCUGGAGUUAAAGGCGUUAUUGGUGAUGUGCGAAGCGCAAAUUUCACACCGAAGGAUUGUGCUUCACCGACCGAUCAGAAAAAGCGUUCUCUGUAUACUAUGACAGACAACCCCACAAGACAACAAACCACGAAGAAAUAAAUCUUUUCCCAGUCUUCUUCAACAUGUGACGCACGCGCGUUUCAAAUUCUUCGAUUUGUAUGUUUAAAAAAAGCAUAAAUAAAAACUCUGCUCAAAA